AAUCAGGUGAAGCUGCCCGGACCCGCUCAGGACAAACCCAAUGUCUAUGACUUCGGCACUACUUAUGAGGAGAUGUACAAAGACCUGCUCUCCAAAGAUAAAAACCUAUAUACUCAGAACGGAAUCCUUCAUAUGUUGGACCGGAACCGACGGAUCAAGUCGUGUCCCGAGAGGUUUCAGAACUGUUACGAACAGUUCGAUGUAGUCUUCACUGUGGAGGAGAGGGUUUACGAUCAGGUGGUUGAAGAGCUGUCACUGCGAACCCCAGUCGACAACACGACGGCUCACAUAAUCAAUAUCGACGUCCAGGACAACCACGAAGAGGCCACUAUCGGGGCGUUCCUUAUCUGCGAAAUGGCUCUAAUGAUGGCUCAGUCCUCAGACCUCGACAAUGAUAUCGACGAACUUCUGCAAGAGUUUGAGAAUAAGGCCGAAAGACCGCUUCUUCAUACAAUUGCCUUUCAGUAG